AUAUCCACACUGCAAUUUCACACUAAAACGCCCAAAACUAAAAGACUCACUCCAUAAGAGAAGAAGAAGAAGGCAAGAGAAGAAGAUGGCAAAGCUGGUAUUUUUAGCUGUGAUUCUGGUUGCCUCUCUAACUUUAGAGGUGAGUGGUAGGAAGUUAGCUGAGCAACCAAAAACUGAGCUAAUGGCGGGCCAUAAGAAAUCUUCGGAGCCAGCCAAGAUUGGAAAAGAGUUAGAGGACCAGAAGAACUUCAUCGGCUUUGCUGGACUUGGCGCAGCUGCCGGAGUUGGUGCAGUCGGUGGCGUGGCUGGAGGCUUGCCGACGUUUGGCGGGCUAGGCUCAGGCGUCGGAGGAGGAAUUGUCGGAGGUGGUCUUGGUGGUGCAGGUGGCGGUCUUGGUGGUGUAGGUGGUGGUCUUGGGGGUCUUGGUAGUGCAGGUGUAGGUGGUGGUCUUGGGGGUCUUGGUAGUGCAGGUGUAGGUGGCGGUCUUGGUGGUGUAGUUGGCGGUCUUGGUGGUGUAGGUGGCGGUCUUGGCGGUCUUGGCGGUGGAGUUGGGGGUGGUGCCGGCUCUGCUGGUGGGUUUGGCGGUGGUGCUGGUGGUGGCGCUGGUGGGAUCCUGCCUUGAGCUUAUGCUCUAUGGGGAUAGAUUGGAAUAAUUUCAUUCUAUUUGUUUUAGUGAGGGUUUCAUUUUGUUGUUUGUUUCAGAUCGUUUGUUAUUCGUUGUCAAAGCAAUGCACAGCUAGUGCACAGGCGUGUAUGGUGGUCAUAUAUGGUCUUCCAUUAAGACUAGACUUGUUGUUUAGUUUGUUGAGUGUUACGUUCUAUUGUCAAAAUGUUAUACAAAUGUUUUUAAGUGGGUAUUGUUUCUCAUCAUGUUUGCUUAUACAAGUCUCUCUCUGGUUAUUUAA